AUGGACGCGUCCCGCCCUCUGCUGGGCGGCGACGCGGGCGACGAGGAGGAGCUCGGCGCGCGCUCGCCGGACUGCUUAUCCAGGUACCUCUCGGCGGGCAGCAACGCUGGUCUCCCCAACGGGAGGGCGCUGAGCAACGGCCACUCGGGCAACGGCCACGCGCACGGCCAGACGCCCUACUUCGACGGCAAAGGCGACGAGGACCUGGAGGAGGACAAACAGUCGCUGUGCUGCCGGCCCUGCAGCCAGUGGCCGUGCUGGAAGUGGGUCUUCCCGGACCGCAUCGGCGACUACGAGGACUUUGCCACGUCCGCACAGAUGGGGGAGAUCUACGCCCUGCGGCAGACAGCGCGCGAGCAGUUCGACCCGACACUGCCAGAGGACGACGACAUGCUGCAGCACCUGUGGGGCGGCUUGUUCUCCACGCUGCCUUACGAGGGACGCGUCAACGUGCGCUGGCGUGACGUCGGAUUCCAAAAUGACGACCCUGCAUCCGACCUCCGCACUUCGGGACGACUGGCAAUACGCAUGCUGCUCUACUUCUCUGAUCAUCUCAACGAUGAGUUUAAGGUAAGGAGUGCU